GGCGAGUUGAGAGCCGAUGAAUCUCUUUUGUCUUGUCUGCUCGGCUACCGCAUGGACACCGCUGCGUACACUUGCCCCACGACGACUUAUUGCUGUGCAUAAUCAUCGACCGCCCUACAUUCCUGGCAAGAUCGUGGACCCCGGGUAUGUUCGUAUUUUUGACACUACUCUACGUGAUGGGGAGCAGUCUCCAGGCGCGACUCUAACAUCGUCAGAAAAGCUGGAGAUUGCAAAGCAUCUGUCUAAGCUGGGAGUUGAUGUGAUCGAAGCUGGUUUCCCAAUUGCGUCGCCUGACGAUUUUGAGGCGGUGCGGCAGAUUGCACAAAUAGUGGGGAACGAAGUUGAUGACUCUGGAUACGUACCUGUUAUCUGCGGUCUGUCACGUGCCAAUGCACGUGAUAUUGAACGUGCUUGGGAUGCAGUGAAAAGUGCAAAGUUACCCCGCCUACACACAUUUAUUGCUACGUCCAACAUUCACAUGGAGACAAAGCUAUGCAAGACGCCUGACGAAGUCGUCCAGAUUGCAGUCGACGCUGUCAAGUUUGCGCGGUCUCUCGGUUGCGAUGACAUUGAGUUUUCGCCCGAAGAUGCUGGGCGGAGCGAUGUAGACUUCCUUGUCCGGAUCCUGGAAGCUGUUGUGGAUGCUGGAGCCACUACGCUAAACAUCCCAGACACAACUGGAUGGAAUACGCCAUGGGAAUUUGGUGAACUCAUUGCCACCUUACGUCGCCGUCUCGGUGCUCGUUUGGAAGAUAUAAUUUUUUCAACACAUUGCCAAAAUGACCUUGGCCUUGCAUCGGCCAAUUCGCUCGCGGGUGCCUACAAUGGUGCUCGACAAAUUGAAUGUACGAUCAAUGGCAUUGGUGAACGUGCCGGAAAUGCAGCUCUUGAAGAAAUUGCGAUGGCGCUCUGUCUGAGAGGCACGUCAGAACAUGCUUUCGCUGGCGGACCACGCUUGUGGACAGGCUUGGAUACAACAUUUAUAACACCGUGUUCACGGAUGGUUGCAGAGUACACUGGCAUGGCCAUCCAACCACACAAGGCUAUUGUCGGUGCUAAUGCGUUCCGCCAUGAGUCGGGCAUUCAUCAGGAUGGAAUGAUCAAGAAUAAAGCAACAUAUGAAAUCAUGACUCCGGAGUCCGUUGGCCUGCCACGGGGACAGGCUGAAUCCGGUGCUGGCAUCGUACUCGGUAAGCACAGUGGUCGAAACGCGGUUUCUACUCGCCUCGUUGAGCUUGGUUACGGCGACAUUGCCGAUGACAAGCUAAAACUUGAUGCCAUCUUCACGCGUUUCAAGCACGUCGCCGAGCGCAAGAAGGGAGGUCUUGAUGAUGACGAACUUGAGGCUCUUGUCUCAGAUGAGGCGUAUCAGAACACAUGCGCACUUUGGACUCUAGUUGGUGCGCAAGUAACGACAGGUUCUGGAGUCAUCCCGACAGGAACUGUCACCAUGCAGGGUCCAGAUGGAGUCAUACGCCAUGCUGCGCUCACUGGGUCUGGGCCUGUUGACGCAGUGUACAAAGCGAUUGAUGCUCUGACGGGCGUUAAGGUUGACCUCGAGAGUUACGGUCUUGAAUCUGUCAACUCCGGAAUUGAUGCCAUGGCCACGACCAAAGUUCUCAUUAAGCCUCGCAUCGGAACACAACUGGAGUCAGCUGCUGUCCAUAGCCAGUCGGGUGCUACCACGAACAAGCGUUUCUCGGGCUCAGGGUCAGACACAGACAUCGUUGUCUCUUCGGCCCGUGCCUACAUCGCAGCAGUGAACAAGCUUCUCAAUUGGAACAUGCAUCGUUACUCAAGCAAUUUAAAGGCCAUUUCUGGAGACUUUCGGGCUUCAUCGGCCUGAUGCACCGUCUAGACGCACGGGUAAAGCGUGGGGCGUAGUAAGGGCGUAGGCACAUC